AUGGCAGUUUUCAAAAAAGCUCUCACAGACACCGACGUUAAGAGAAGAUUCUCAUUUCCAGAUGGCUGUCUACCUGCUUUACCACCGUUCCGAGGGUGCCAUGCAAUAGAGUUGCAGGUUAAGGAUGAGACUGGAAUCCUGUGGAACUUUGCUUGCACAAUACGAUCUGGGAUGACCCCAAAACUUGUUAUUGUUUCCGGUUGGAUCCAAUUUGCUCGAAGUAAAGAACUCCAGAUAGGUGAUGUUGUCCUCUUUUACAGGGAGGACGAUAGAGUUACUGGGGCACACUACAAAAUUGAAGUGAAGAAGGGAGGACGAUACAGUUACUGGGGCACACUACAAGAUUGA